AGUAGGGAUCAGAAAUGAUGAAAUUGAUUACGCUGGCUCCUGCGCUGAGCAGAGCGUCUGUGAGUUCAUCUGCUUCACCAAAGCUGGAUCAUUUGGCCACGAUGGACAGCAACAGCACGCCUUGGAGCUCCAACUCUCCUCCUUUAUCCUUCCACGCUGAGGUGGUGACUGUAGCCCCCACCGUGUUCCCUCGGGUGGGCUACAGCAUACUUUCUUUCCUCAUGUUCAUCAACACGCUGCUGUCAGUUUUCAACAACGGUCUCGUCAUAAUCGUGAUGCUGAGGAACCCGUCUCUGCUCCAUCCUAUGAACGUCUUCAUCUUCAGCCUCGCCGUGUCCGACCUCAUGAUUGGCCUUUGCGGCUCUCUGGUCGUCACCAUUACAAACUACCAAGGCUCUUUCUUCAUUGGACACACAGCCUGUGUGUUUCAAGGCUUUUCAGUCAAUUAUUUUGGACUGGUGUCACUCUGCACUCUCACUCUUCUUGCCUACGAGCGCUACAAUAUGGUGUGUAAGCCUAAAGCUGGUUUAAAGUUAAGCAUGCGCAGAAGCAUCAUCGGACUGCUGUUUGUCUGGAUCUUCUGCUUGUUUUGGGCUGUUACUCCGUUAUUUGGAUGGAGCUCCUAUGGACCAGAGGGAGUCCAGACUUCAUGCUCUCUGGCCUGGGAAGAGAGAUCAUGGAGCAACUACAGCUAUCUCAUCUUCUACACACUCCUCUGCUUCCUUCUCCCAGUUGCAAUCAUUAUCUACUGCUACUUCAAAGUGCUGAAAUCCAUGAAUAGGCUAAACAGGAGCGUGGAGCUCCAAGGGGGGCGUUCCAGCAAGAAGGAGAAUAAUCACGCCAUUAAGAUGGUCCUGGCCAUGAUUAUAGCAUUUUUUGCUUGCUGGCUGCCCUACACGGCGUUGUCAGUGGUUGUAGUGUUGGAUCCAGAGCUGUACAUCCCUCCACUGGUAGCCACGAUGCCGAUGUACUUUGCUAAGACCAGCCCUGUGUACAAUCCCAUCAUCUACUUUCUUUCCAACAAACAGUUCCAUGAUUGUGCUCUGGAGGUCUUGUCAUGCGGCCGCUACAUUCCCCACGAACCCAGAAGUGUCAGCAUCCUCAUGCGGCCGUUGAACAAGGGGAGCCGUCUGUCUUCACUAAGCAGGAACGUCAACAUACACAGCAAGGUGUUGCCUCUGUGA